AUGGAGCAAAUAUUUCUUCAACUUAACAAAAAUUUAGUUUACAAGAUUGAUAAAGAGUCGCAUUUUAUAAAUGAAACAUUUGGAUACUGGAAUGUUGAAAAUGGUUUGACUGAUUUACGUGUGACAAGAAUUUUAUCCAGACGACGAAGUGAUUUCCGUGGAAAAGUGUUGAAGUCAACUUUAAUUGUAACGAAAAACGAAUCAAUCGACCAAUUGAACGAUCAUCGGCUAUCACACAUCGAUUUUCCUGCAAAAAUUGGCUAUGCUAUCACAAACAUUCUGGGAGAAUCCGUAAACUCUACAGUUAUUUAUAAUUUUGAAAAUACAUGGGGAUAUGGUGAUAUGAAGAAACCUGACAAACUGAUUGGAAUGAUGGGUCAAUUGGUUAGAAAUGAGAUUGAUAUUGGAGGCACUGUUUUAUUCAUAACACCCGACAGAGUGCCACACAUUGAAUACUUGUCAUGUACAUUGCUUGCCAGACUCGCGUUCGUUUUUCGAGAUCCUCCACUGUCACAGGUUUCAAACUUGUAUUAUCUCCCAUUUUCUGGAAUGGUGUGGAUUUGUGGGAUCAUUCUUGUCGUCGUGAGUACAUCGAUUAUCUUUGUAACUUACCAAUUUUCAAAGGACAACGAGCAAGAGUUAAUUUCAACGGAUUUCUUUGUAUUCUCUCUGUGUCUAAUUUUCAUUUAUACAUCAUACACUGCAAACAUCGUUGCCCUUUUACAAUCAACGUCAGGGAGCAUCCGAACAUUAACAGACUUGUUAAAUUCCAAUAUGGAACUUGCUGUUGAUGACACACCUUAUUCUCGAUUUUAUUUUUCCACCGAAACUGAACCAAUUCGCAAGAAAAUCUAUGAAACGAAAGUGGCGCCGCCGAAUCAACAUUCAAAUUUUGUGAAUGUCAGCUAUGGCAUCGGCAGAAUGAGAAAAGGACUAUAUGCAUUCCAUACGGAAUUGGCUACUGGCUACAAAAAUGUUAAGGACACAUUUUACGAACAUGAAAAAUGUGGUUUGGUUGAAAUUGAGUACUUGCGAAUUGUUCAUCCUUGGCAUGGCAUACACAAGCAUUCACCGUACAAAGAAAUUUUUAAAGUCAGCUUAUUCAAAAUACGCGAGACUGGAAUUCAAGCUGUGGAGCUAGCACGUCGACAAACACACCGGCCUACUUGUGUGCUCAUUGACUUGGAAUUUCCGAAGAAAGGUGAUCGUGUGAAGAUGAAGUAUCGAUACUUUACUUGCCGUGGAUGCGAACCAUUGCCAGAAGGAAGUAAAGAACGCUUCGAAGAAAAACGGACAAUUGGUCGUAUUAUCACAUGGAAUCGUGAUACAAACGCCGGUCGCAAUAUACUAUACAAAGGUUUGUGCAUUUGA